CCAUUCAACUCAUAAGUCAUAACCACCAUAGAUAAAGAAAUAGAAAAAAACUUCCAACAGUUUAUUCAUUCCAUUUUUUUAAAAACAUUUCAGGUACAGUACAGAUAGUUUCUUUCGGUACUGCAUGAAAUUAUUUGAAAAUGGAAGUUACUGCAUCAAAUUUCAAAACUGUUUUACCAGACGUAGAAAAAACGAUUAACGACUGCACGUUUUUAAGCGUAGACUGUGAACUAACGGGGCUUGAUUUGGUUCGGAACAUAAACACUUUCGACACACCCGGACAGUAUUACGGAAAGCUUCGUUCGAACUGUAAAGAAUUUUUAGUUAUACAGUACGGACUUAGCAUGUUUAGGUACGAUGAGGAAAAAGAUGUGUUUAAGAAUCACACUUAUAACUUUUACAUAUUUCGGAGACCAAUCAAUCGAAAUGUACCCGAUCAGAGGUUUCUAUGUCAAACGUCUAGUAUAAAUUUUCUCAUACACGAGGGUUUCGACUUCAAUAAGCUGUUCAAAGAAGGUAUUUCUUAUCUCAACAUAGUUGAAGAAGAGAUAUAUAGGGGUAACUUAGAAGAAGCGUAUAAAAAACGAACUGAGAGUAUACAGUCGCAUCAGAAUGAGACGAAUGAUAUUAUCCCGAUACCAGAAGAUGCACGGCAAUUCGUCGAUGAUGUGGUGCAGCAAAUAGAAACGUUUUUGGAAAGCGACGAAGUGGAGUUGCAGUUACCGAAAUGCAACUCGUUUUUGAGGCGGUUGGUUUAUCAAACGAAAGCCGAGAAGUUCGCAGAUAAGAUUACGUUGGAGACUCGACAGGUAGAGAAUAAGGACAGAAUAUUGUUCGUGAGAAGGUUAAGGACUCGGGAAGAGGAGGAAGAGAUAGAGAAACAGAAAUACGAGGAGCAAAUUGGGGAACUCGAGGAUUUCGUUGGUUUCACCAAGGUCUUAAGGAUGAUCGUUAAUUCAGGUAAACUGAUAAUAGGGCACAACUUAUGCCUGGAUCUGUUGCACACUUUGGACAAAUUUUUGAAUCCGUUGCCUGAUGAUUACGUCGAAUUCAAGGAAUUGGCACAUUCGUUAUUUCCCAAAAUUUUGGACACCAAGUACAUGUCCAGCUUGGAGCCUUUCAAGGAAUUGAUCCAAUCCAACGUACUGAAACAUUUGUUAGAUGCCGUAUCCGAAAAACCAUUUGAGAUUCCCAACGUUGAAUUCGAACAAAACCAACCCGGAUACAAUUUAAACGACGGGAAAGAACACGAAGCUGGUUAUGAUGCUUAUAUAACCGGCCUCAGUUUCUUGUCCAUGUGGAAAUACUUGGGAACUUCUGUGUCAAUGAAAAACGAGGAUAUUUUUUGUGAUUUUCAAUUGUUGAGGCCUUACAUAAAUAAAAUAUUUUUGAUGUUGCUUGUGGACAACCAGUACAUAAACUUGGCCGGCAAAGACUUAACCGUGUCCAGAGAUCACGUGUUCUACAUGACGUUUCCCAAGGAGUGGAAAACCGGCAACAUCACGCAACUCUUCAGUCCCUUCGGUAAGGUCUACGUUUCCUGGUUGGACGAAACGUCGGCCUACGUGAGCCUCUACGAGAGAGACCAGGCGGCGAUGGCCCUCAGUACGCUGUCCCAAGGCGAAGCGUACACUAUGACGACGUUCGCGAGGAGACAGGCGACAUUGUUGGGAAUAAAAACUCCCUUGCCUUCGCCCGUUCCGAAAAAGAGGAGGAGCGUGGAGGGACAGCCCGCCGCGAAGCGCCGGAAGACGGAUAGUUUUAAUAGUAGCGGCAGUUUUUCCACAUCCAAAAGGUCCAUAGACCCCAUCAUAGAAGAAGAGCUAGCAGAGACUGAAGAAAACGUUUCUUCUAAAAAGAUAUUUAUGGAGAACGAUGUAUGGGGAUGAAUAAAAAAAUCAUAUGUUCGGA